AUGCUGGCCGAUCUUGUCGAAAGCUCGCUGAUUCUGUCGGCUCGGAAGAGCUGCCCCGGACGACGAAGUGUCGACGUGUUCGCGGUCAGUGCACGAGUGGAUGAGGAGAGGUGGAUGACAACGACAUUGCGUCGACAGCCAUUCUUUGAUCCUCUCAGACCCCUGACACGUUCGACUGCAGUCCUGAUCGGCCAACAGCUGGCUCUUCCGCGUGUGCCGCAUUCCGUCUCACAGCUGUUCUUUGGCGACAAUCUCGAGCGAUGGAGCGGCGGCAGAGCGGCUGUCGGCGUUGGUUUGAGCAACGUCGCAGUACCGCAUGAUCGCAGCCAGCUCGCCGUCUUGUGGAGAGACGAAAAUGCGCAUGAGCGGCUAGCCACGUUGGGAGGCUCGACCAUCAGACCUGCAAUAGUCUUGACGGUCAGAGGAGGCAGAUUGCGCUCUCAUGCAGGCGAGAUCUCUCUCACAGGCGGGAAAAUCGAUGCCAGCGACAGCUCUGCUUGCGCGUGCUAUGUGCGAGAGACGCACGAGGAGAUUGGCUUGCCUGCCGAGCGCGUACAAGUCCUCGGCGAGCUUGAUCCGACAUUGAGCAAAGAUGGCCUAGAAGUCGCCUCAUUCGUUGCCGUGCUACAUGGCCAUUCACAGUCCGCAGACGAGCAGAUUGCGACUCUCUCCGUACAAGAUCUGCUGCCCAACCCCGGCGAAGUCCAGCGAGUGUUUGCAAUACCGCUCUAUGAGCUGCUCGACCCAAAUCGGCAACGUAAGCAUGCGUUUCGAGGGCUCGCGCACCACGAGUACAGAGCAUUCGACGUCUCGGACUACACUAAAGGCUUCACAGAGGAUGGCGAUUAUAAAGGCUUGCGUGGGCAAGCGAGCACACCACUAGAGAGUUGGGGGCUUUCUGCAUGGACGCUGAACAGCUUUCUGCGUCUCGUACAGCUGUUGUAG